ACAUAAUCAUCAUCUUCAUUGGCGAUGUACGGCGGUAAUCGCCGGAGCUCUAUCCGUGCUCUCACCAAUGGCGAAAUCUCUACACUUCACCAGACUAAUGUCUUCUUCAGCAAGAAUGGCUCUCUCCUCUCACUUCCCCUUCUCAAUCAAACCGAGAAUCAUCCAUAAACCCUACUUCUUCUCCUCAACUCCGUACCCACUCCAAUACGACAUGAUCAUCAACCGCCCCACACAGUCUUCCCUCUCUCAACCCCGUCGUCGACCUCCUCGAGCCAUCGAAUCCACUUCUCCGGACCCAGCAGAACCAGAUUUCGAUUCCUGGGUCGACAACAAACUCGCCUCGGAGCGCGAGAAGGGCCGACCUGGCUCCGGAGACCCGGAGAUGGAUAAGGAGAAGAGGAAGUACUAUAGUAAGAGGAGGAAGAGGCUGUACGGAUCCGAUUCCGAGGAUGAGGGGAGGAGGAAAUCAGAUGAAGGAUUCGUGGAGUUGAAGCCUGAGGUGGUGGAGUUUGAUAGGUUGCAUCAGAGGGAGGAGGAGUUGUAUUUCUACGAUACGUUUGCGUAUCCGUGGGAGAAGGAUAAGCAUUAUAAGAUGGUGUAUCAGUUGGAGAAGAAGUAUUUUCCUGAUCAGGGAUUGGAUAAGGCGUUCUUGCAGCCUGGAGAGUCUCCUAAGGGUGAUGGGUCCGUGAAAGUUAGUGGGAAGAAGAGUGUAGCUUAUGGUGGGAAGAAAAGGAUUGAUGAGAGUGACGAUGGUGAUGAAAAGUUGCUGUUUUUUGAUGAAGUGAAGGAUAAGGAGAAGGAGAAGGAGAAGGAGAAGGUAGAGGAGAGUGUUACUGAGAAGAAAGUUGAGCAGUUUUUCAAGGGUUUGACGAAGUCAAACAAUGAGAGAGGUUUAGCUAGUGGUGGUGGUGAUGGAGAGCCUUUUCUUGUGACGAGGAACGGUGAGCUUCCUUCUAGGUGGGAUGGUCCUAACGGUACAGUGCUUUUGGUGAACAAACCCAAAGGAUGGACUUCAUUCACCGUCUGCGGUAAGCUACGAAGAAUAGUCAAAGUGAAAAAGGUUGGUCAUGCUGGGACACUUGAUCCUAUGGCUACUGGUCUCUUAAUCGUCUGCGUUGGUAAAGCUACCAAGGUGGUUGACAGGUACCAAGGGAUGAUCAAAGGUUAUAGUGGAGUUUUUCGUCUUGGUGAAGCCACUUCAACUUUGGACGCGGACUCUCCUGUGAUUCAGCGAGAGCCUUGGGAGCAUAUUAAGGACGAUGACAUUAAGAAAGCUUUGACAUCUUUUCUUGGCGAGAUAUGGCAAGUUCCUCCAAUGUUCUCAGCUAUUAAAGUUGGAGGUGAGAAGAUGUACGACAAGGCGAGAAGAGGAGAAACCGUGGAGCUUUCUCCCAGACGAAUUUCGAUUUUUCAGUUUGACAUAGAACGCAGUUUAGAUGACAGACAGAAUCUGAUCUUCCGAGUUGUAUGCUCCAAGGGUACAUACAUAAGAUCUCUCUGUGCAGAUCUUGCUAAAGCUCUUGGAAGUUGUGCUCACCUCACUGCUCUCCGGCGAGAUUCAAUCGGUGAAUAUUCUGCUAACGAUGCUUGGGAGUUCAAUGAGUUAGAAGCAGCAAUCACCAAAAACUACUUCUAGAAGAAAACGAGUAGAAGUUCCAUCAACGGAGGAUUCUUUUAAACGACAAACAAAGGUUUACAGAGGCUUACAUAGAUCAUUGUUUGUUCUUUUAAAAGCUUACAUUAUUAUUGGCUAAGAGUCUAUCUAAGACCCAAAUCUUUAUUUUGGUUCAAACUACAUUUCAAGCUCUUUGUACUAAAA